AUGAAGAUUCUCGCAUUGUUCCUCGCUUUAGCAAUCGCCGUCAUGGGCUUCCCGGUAGACGGAAUCGACUCGAAAGAUACUACCGAUAUCGACUGGGACACCACCAAAAGAGCAGAAAGCAGUGAUCUCGACAAGAGAUCCCCAUUCAGCAACCCAUUCAAGUGCUUAGGAUGCUACUAUGUCAUUCGAGACUGCAAUCCUUUUGUAUGCCGUCCGCCUUGUGACAAGAAAGCGGUCAAAAAUGGCUUGUGUCCUGGAUCACAUCCAUCACCUCCACCUCCACCUCCCCCAACUUACAGAAAUUCGUUGAGUCUCAGAACCGACCUUGGCUAUGUAGGGGCAAGGACCACUUAUCAUAGUCAAGACCGAUGGAUCGCCGUGUCACAAAGUAUAGAGCACGAUCGUUCCUUCAGCGUCGUCGUUACUCUCUCUCCCGACAUCAAUCCUGGAAGCGUAGCGACGAUCACCGAUAUCAAUAUGACGGUCAGCGGAAGUGGAAACAGAGUUUUGUUACCUGAAGUCGUUAGCACGCCACGGCGCACCCAUAAUGGCAGAACGCUGUAUACACGGGGAAGCGGCAUGCAGACCACCGUCUUCCGCAUCCCCCUCGACUUGGUUUCAGAACUCAUUAAAGAGAAUGGCGGGAGUACAGGCGUAACUUUUACGGUCCGGUACAAUCUCGACGGGGAGCUGAAGUAA